GCACGUUUGAGGCAAGCAUCUUUCAUCAAAUCGUGAUCAUCAUCAUCUUCAGUGAUGGAGGGAGUCUCUCGUGCUAACAGUCUCUUUGCUCUGGAUCUCUAUCGGGCUCUGAGCGCCAGCAGUGCUGAGGGAAACAUCUUCUUUUCUCCACUGAGCAUCAGUGCAGCGCUCAGCAUGGUCUACUUGGGGGCCCGAGGAGACACUGCUGGAGAAAUGGAGAAGGUCUUGUCCUUCAGUUCUGUGUCUGAUGUUCACUCUCAUUUUGAGAGUCUCAUCUCAUCUAUCAACAGUCCAUCAGCCUCCUACAUCCUCAGACUGGCCAACCGCCUCUAUGGAGAGAAAACCUUCAGCUUCUUACCUGAAUAUUUGAGCUCCUCUCUGAAUCUGUAUCACGCUGACCUUCAGGCUGUGGACUUCAUUGGAGCAUCUGAGCAGUCAAGACAGCUCAUUAACAAAUGGGUGGAGGAGCAGACAGAGAAUAAAAUCAGAGAUCUUCUCAAGCCGGGUAUGGUGACUGGAAUGACCCGACUCGCUCUAGUUAAUGCCAUCUACUUCAAAGGGAACUGGCUGCAGAGAUUUAAUGCUCAAGACACCAAAGAAAUGCCAUUUAAAAUAAACCAGAAAGAGAACAGACCAGUACAAAUGAUGUACCAGAAGAAAAAGUUCCCAUUCAACUACAUCUAUGACCACCGUGUGCAAGUGCUGGAGCUGCCAUAUGUAAAGGAAGAACUCAGCAUGUUGAUUCUUCUUCCCGAGGAAACUCAGGAUGGAUCCGAUCCUCUUCUGAAGCUGGAGAGCGAGUUGACCAUUGACAAGCUGCACGAAUGGACCAACAGAAACAACAUGGACACCCAGACAGAUAUCAUAGUCCAUUUGCCAAGGUUCAAACUGGAGAUUGAGAGUUCCUUGGUAGAAAUAUUGAUGGGGAUGGGGAUGAGCUCUGUGUUCCAGGAAGGAAAGGCCGAUCUGACAGGAAUGACUGGUCACGGUGGCCUCUUCCUUUCGGCAGUCGCCCACAAAGCCUUUGUGGAUGUAAAUGAAGAAGGCACAGAGGCAGCAGCCGCAACGGCAGCCAUUGUGGCCUUCUGUAUGUUGCGAGAGGAGCACUUCAUGGCUGACCAUCCCUUCUUGUUUUACAUCAGGCACAACCCAACCAACAGCAUCCUGUUCUUCGGCAGAUUCAGGGGCCCAUCUUAAAUAUGUGAUGCGUACCUGCUUGACAGCUAAAUAAAUAUAACACUAUACUUAAA